CAGUUAGAAGACGUGCCACAGUUGCUGGAACGGCGGAUUCAACGAGCCUCGAGAAAUUUCUGUUGAUUCUGAGCUCUACACUCCUCUACUUAGGAUCUCCGUCACUGGCUUCACUCUAUCAAACCCUCAAAGAAACGAUUCGAAACUUGAAAGGACAGGAGAAGCAAAUUUCAGAAGACGUCAUCUGUAGAGCGAUUGAGAAUCUCUUCAUGCUUGUUCAUGACUGA